AACAAAGAAAUUGUGAAACUUCAAAACAGACUUGGAGGAACAGAGAAGCUUAGGGAAGAAUUUGCAAAGAUAAAGUUUGAUGCUAAUUAUUAUGAAAAAGCAUAUUUUCUUUCUAUUGCUGAGGAUUUAUUAAAGUGUUUAAAAGAAAGUUUUUGA